UCCGAGGGGCUGAAGGAGCAGGUGUGCGCGCUCCGGCCCGCGCGCUCUCGCUCUGUGAGCGGGGCGUGCGGGCGAGCGGGCCCGAGAGACCUUUCCUUUGCCUUUCAGGCGGUGGAGCCGCUCCAGGCGGGUUCAGUGCCUUCUUAGUCCCCCAAGGUCACAGAGGGAGUGACAGCUUCAGGGAGGGCCCCGGCUACCGACUCUGGGAAAUCUUCCCACUACCCCGCCUGCGCCACCUGUGCGGGCAGGCUGGUUUUUCCUCUGGGGCAGCACGAAAACCCGGUUCCCGCAGAGAACCAUUCUUAUUAAGCUGAUCAAGAUGACAACCUCCCAAAAGCACCGAGACUUCGUGGCAGAGCCCAUGGGGGAAAAGCCAGUGGGGAGCCUGGCCGGGAUUGGUGAAGUCUUGGGCAAGAAGCUGGAGGAAAGGGGCUUUGACAAGGCCUAUGUGGUCCUUGGCCAGUUUUUGGUGCUAAAGAAAGACGAAGAUCUCUUCCGGGAAUGGCUGAAGGACACAUGUGGUGCCAAUGCCAAGCAGUCCCGGGACUGCUUCGGGUGCCUUCGAGAGUGGUGCGACGCCUUCUUGUGAGGCUCUCUCGGGGAGCCCCCAGUCCCUAGCCCCAGCAUUGAGUCUCCAGAGUUUGCAGCCGCAUGGGGACUCCUCCCUUGUCCUCUACAAAGGAAGAGAUUGCUGUUGUUGUACUCACUUCUGAUGUACUUCAAGGUCUUUUGGGAAUUCUCUCCCCUCACCAUUUCAACUUUUUUGAAAUUCUCGCUCUUGCAUGCAUCUCCCUUCUUCCCCUCCCAGUUUCGUGUCAACAAUUAUCAGCUUUUCCGAGUGGAUUCCUGGCCCUUCCUUCACCCCCUGCCCCCACUGGUCUGUUUUAUGCUAUUUGGCUCCUUUUUUGGCAGAAUAGUCACUGUCCUUGUAAAGUUUUUUAAAUCAAUAAAGUCAGUGGCUUUCAUGA